AUAGAUGGAGGACUAAUCUGAGGUUUUCCCUAAACUCAACCGAAAACCCAUCAAGAUAUUUUUGUUGCUCAGCCUCCAGCAGUAAAAGAUUUCGAUUUUCUUCCAAAAAAUUCAAUGGAGCCUGACAGGUUAAAUUAUCCAAGCACCUCUGCUAUUACAUUUGAAGUUUUGGGCCAUCAACUGCAGUUCUCUCAAGAUCCAAAUUCCAAGCAUUUAGGAACCACUGUUUGGGAUGCAUCGAUGGUGUUGGUUAAAUUUCUGGAAAGGAACUGCAGAAGGGGAAGGUUUUGUCCAUCUAAACUGAAAGGAAAACGCGUUAUUGAACUUGGAGCAGGAUGUGGAGUAGCUGGAUUUGGGAUGGCACUACUGGGAUGUGAUGUAAUUGCAACUGACCAAAUAGAGGUUUUGCCACUGCUAAUGAGAAAUGCUGAACGCAAUACUUCAAGAAUAAUGCAGAAAGAUUCCAAUUCAGAUUCAUUUGGAUCUAUCCAGGUUGCAGAAUUGGACUGGGGGAACGAAGAUCAUAUAAGGGCUGUUGAUCCACCAUUUGACUACAUCAUUGGCACUGAUGUUGUUUAUGCAGAGCAUCUCUUGGACCCACUGUUGCAGACACUACUUGCUUUAUCAGGACCGAAAACCACUAUUUUGUUGGGGUAUGAGAUCCGUUCUACCAAUGUCCAUGAGCGAAUGCUCGACAUGUGGAAAAAAAACUUUGAGGUGAAAACUGUUCCAAAAGCGAAGAUGGACAGUAAUUACCAACAUCCAAGUAUUCAACUUUACAUCAUGGGAUUGAAGCCUCCAGCUGGGAUCAUAGGAAACCGGAUUUCGGAGCUUGAGCAACAAACUGAUGAGGUUGAAAUGGUAGAUGAGGUACUGAAAGAUGAUGAGAAUGGUGGGAGUAGUAAUACCAAGAAAAAGUUGGAAGAUUGCAGCAGUGAAAAGGUUCAUGAAGAUUGUGAGCUAGCGAUGAAAAUUCCAAAUGGAAAACUUACUGAUUGGGAAGCAAGAAGAUUAGGCUCAAUGACCGCUCGACUUCUUCAAGAUGUCAAGAUAACAUGAAGCAUUCAGCUUGGAAUUUGCAACCUACCCUUUGUACUCUCAAUGCUUGUUUGCUAUGGAUCUGCCCCAUGUCUCACAUUAUUUGAGUGUCUCAUUGUUGUCUAAUUUCAUGGAAUGGUUGUGGAAUGCAUAGGAAGUAUGGUGCAGCAAAUGAUAUGGCAUAGCAUUGCCAAAAUCAAUAGAAAUGUUGACCUCUUGAAACCGGUGGAUUUGUUGCCGUAAUUUGCUUUUUGAUCACGACACAUGGUGCCGUCUGGGGUGUUGGGAAAUAAGAUUUGGAAAAGUAGAGUUAAGAGCUUCGUGUCAGUAUUCUGAAGCUGCAAUCAUUGCAUUAUAUGUUGGAUGAGUCGGGAUGUGCAGUGCUUCAUCCUUAGUAGUGACCUUUUCUGAGAAUAAAAUAAAGUGUAUUUCAAUUUUUAAAGCUGUUUUGAAGAUAUUGUAAUAGUCUAAGAAUAUGAAGAGGAUUUGAGAAACAUAUAUAUGUUAUAGCCUUGUAGGUCAUCAAUGUAGUCAUUUGGACACAAA